UUCUCUUCUCACUCUCCGCUCUCGCUUCACUCUCCCUCGCUCGCUCGCGAGCGACCUCGGCGGCGGCGGCAAUGGCGUCCUCCCUCCGCGCCUCCCUCCUCAUCCUGGCGGCGCUCUGCGCGCUCGCGGCGUUCCCCUCCCAGGCCUCCGCGUCCCGCGACCUCGCCCCGCGCCGCCGCCGCGCGGGCUUCGUCGUGCGCGGCCGCGUCUGGUGCGACACCUGCCUCGCCGGCUUCGAGACCCCCGCCUCCACCUACAUCGCCGGAGCAAAGGUAAAGGUUGAGUGCAGAUCAAAAUCCACUGGCGCCAAGACAUGCAGCUUUGAGGGUGAGACCGACCACACUGGCACCUACAACAUCGCUGUCGACGAUGAGCAUGAGCAUGAGCUCUGCGAGUCUGUCCUCGUGAGUAGCCCAGACGCCGCCAGGUGCGGCAAGGCUGUUGCUGGACGGGAGAGAGCACCCGUCUUCCUCACCAACAACAAUGGUGUGACAUCCAAUGUUCGGCUGGCGAAUGCUCUGGGCUUCCAGAAGGAUGCUCCUCUUGCUGCGUGCGCGCAAAUCAUGAAGAUGUACGAGGAAGUGGAUGACCGUGUUUAAAGAGCACUAUCACCCAGAAAGUUAUUUGUCAAAGUCGUGUAUGCAAUGCUAAGACUUCUGUACAAGUAUUACUACGAGUAAAAGUAUCGUAUGUUGCACACUUGAUCAAGUUGAUAUAGCUUAGUACUUGAGAGUACGUUAUAUGUAAUGUACGUUCAUGUGCAGCUGAACUGCAAACUCAUCAGUUACUAAAUCGACAUGUGCUUCCUAUAUAUCAGGCAAUUCUUCUGUCAUCUAGUA